GGGGGAGCGCGGGGCCCCUCUCCCCUCCUCUCUUCCCAGCCCCUCACCCCCACCCCUUUUAUAUAUUUUUUUUCCUCCCAAGUUCUCUUGCCUUGCUAUCCCCCCUUGAAUCCGAAGGCGCCUCGCGAUUGGGUGCUGGGGCCGGGUACGUCAGUCAGACUGUGACGUGCAGUCUUCCUGUUUCCUUCAGCUGUGUCUUAAAGUAAAUCUUGUUGUGGAGCGGAGCCCUCAGCUGAGGGAGCGCUCUGAAAUAAUACACCAUUGCAGCCGGGGAAAGCAGAGCGGCGCAAAAGAGCUCUCGCCGGGUCCGCCUGCUCCCUCUCCGCUUCGCUCCUCUUCUUUCCUCUUCUCUCCUCUCCUGCGUUCUCUUCCUCGUUUCUUUUUCUCCUCUUCUAGCCUCUUCUCUCCUCUCCUCUGCUGCCCCCUCCCCGCCCUCCUCCGACUCUCCUCUCUCCCUCUCCCACUCUCCCCGCUCGCUCUCGCACAGACUCACCGUCCCUUGUCCAAUUAUCAUAUUCAUCACCCGCAAGACAUCACCGUGUGUGCGCGCGCGUGUUUUCUUUCCUCUCUCUGCCGGCAAAAAACCAAAAAAAAAAAAAAAAAAAAAAAAAGGAGAGACUCGGUCCCACUGCUCUCUGCACCGCGAGAAAAUGGUGUUAUUUAAAUGAAUCAUAAUAAAAUAGCCUCUAAACAGUUUCUGAGCAGGAGCCUCAGUGGAACUCAGCGCUCCACUCCUCCCAGUCAGUUUCUAAGAGGUCCCGGGAUUCUUGAGCUGUGCCCAGCUGACGAGCUUUUGAAGAUGGCACAAUAACCGUCCAGUGAUGCCUGACCAUGACAGCACAGCCCUCUUAAGCCGGCAAACCAAGAGGAGAAGAGUUGACAUUGGAGUGAAAAGGACGGUAGGGACAGCAUCUGCAUUUUUUGCUAAGGCAAGAGCAACGUUUUUUAGUGCCAUGAAUCCCCAAGGUUCUGAGCAGGAUGUCGAGUAUUCAGUGGUGCAGCAUGCAGAUGGGGAAAAGUCAAAUGUACUCCGCAAGCUGCUGAAGAGGGCGAACUCGUAUGAAGAUGCCAUGAUGCCUUUUCCAGGAGCAACCAUAAUUUCCCAGCUGUUGAAAAAUAACAUGAACAAAAAUGGUGGCACAGAGCCCAGUUUCCAAGCCAGCGGUCUCUCUAGUACAGGCUCCGAAGUACAUCAGGAGGAUAUAUGCAGCAACUCUUCAAGAGACAGCCCCCCAGAGUGUCUUUCCCCGUUUGGCAGGCCUACUAUGAGCCAGUUUGAUAUGGAUCGCUUAUGUGACGAGCACCUGAGAGCCAAGCGCGCCCGGGUUGAGAAUAUAAUCCGGGGUAUGAGCCAUUCCCCCAGUGUGGCAUUAAGGGGCAAUGAAAAUGAAAGAGAGAUGGCCCCGCAGUCUGUGAGUCCCCGAGAAAGUUACAGAGAAAACAAACGCAAGCAGAAGCUGCCGCAGCAGCAGCAGCAGAGUUUCCAGCAGCUGGUUUCAGCCCGAAAAGAACAGAAGCGAGAGGAGCGCCGACAGCUGAAACAGCAGCUGGAGGACAUGCAGAAACAGCUGCGCCAGCUGCAGGAGAAGUUCUACCAAAUCUACGACAGCACUGACUCGGAAAAUGAUGAGGAUGGUAACCUGUCUGAAGACAGCAUGCGCUCGGAGCUCCUGGACGCCAGGGCCCAGGACUCGGUCGGGAGGUCAGACCCGGAGAUGUGCGAGCUGGACCCGGGGCAGUUCAUCGACCGCGCCCGAGCGCUGAUCAGGGAGCAGGAAAUGGCUGAGAACAAGCCCAAGCGCGAAGGGAGCAACAAGGAAAGAGAGCACGGGCCAAACGCCUUGCAACCGGAAGGCAAGCAUCUGGCCGAGACCUUGAAACAGGAACUGAACACUGCCAUGUCCCAAGUUGUGGACACUGUGGUCAAAGUCUUUUCGGCCAAACCCUCCCGCCAGGUUCCUCAGGUCUUCCCACCUCUCCAGAUCCCCCAGGCCAGGUUUGCAGUCAAUGGGGAAAACCACAAUUUCCACACCGCCAACCAGCGCCUGCAGUGCUUUGGCGACGUCAUCAUUCCGAACCCCUUGGACAGCUUUGGCAACGUGCAGAUGCCCAGUUCCACAGACCAGACCGAAGCCCUGCCCUUGGUGGUCCGCAAAAACUCCUCUGACCAGGCUGCCUCCGGCCCCAGCGCUGGCAGCCACCACCAGCCCCUGCACCAGUCGCCUCUCUCUGCCACCGCAGGCUUCACCACGUCCACCUUCCGCCACCCCUUCCCCCUGCCCUUGAUGGCCUACCCAUUUCAGAGUCCGUUAGGUGCUCCCUCCGGCUCCUUCUCUGGGAAAGACAGAGCCUCUCCUGAAUCCUUAGACUUAACUAGGGAUACGACGAGUCUGAGGACCAAGAUGUCAUCUCACCACCUGAGCCACCACCCUUGUUCACCAGCACACCCGCCCAGCACCGCGGAAGGGCUCUCCUUGUCGCUCAUAAAGUCUGAGUGCGGCGACCUUCAAGACAUGUCCGAAAUCUCACCUUAUUCGGGAAGUGCAAUGCAGGAAGGAUUGUCACCCAAUCACUUGAAAAAAGCAAAGCUCAUGUUUUUUUAUACUCGUUAUCCCAGCUCCAAUAUGUUGAAGACCUACUUCUCCGAUGUAAAGUUCAACAGAUGCAUUACCUCUCAGCUCAUCAAGUGGUUUAGCAAUUUCCGUGAGUUUUACUACAUUCAGAUGGAGAAGUACGCACGUCAAGCCAUCAACGAUGGGGUCACCAGUACUGAAGAGCUAUCUAUAACCAGAGACUGUGAGCUGUACAGGGCUCUGAACAUGCACUACAAUAAAGCAAAUGACUUUGAGCAGGUUCCAGAGAGAUUCCUGGAAGUUGCGCAGAUCACAUUACGGGAGUUUUUCAAUGCCAUUAUCGCAGGCAAAGAUGUUGAUCCUUCCUGGAAGAAGGCCAUAUACAAGGUUAUCUGCAAGCUGGAUAGUGAAGUCCCUGAGAUUUUCAAAUCCCCGAACUGCCUACAAGAGCUGCUUCAUGAGUAGAAAUUCCAACAACUCCUUUUGAAUGUAUGAAUAGUAGCAGUCCCCUUUGGAUGUCCAAGUUGUAUGUGUCUAGAUUUUGAUUUGUUAUAUAUGUGUAUGGGAGGCAUGGAUAUGUUAUGAAAUCAGCUGGUAAUUCCUCCUCAUCAUCUUUCUCUCAUUUCUUUUUAUUUUCCAUUGAAAGGGGAUGGUUAUUUUCCUUCCGCCCUUAGUUUACUUUUGCCCAAGGCCCUUAACAUUUGGAAACUUAAAAUAGGGUUGAUUUUCAGGGAAAAAGAAUGUUAGCUUGUGUAAAGUCUGUAUUAGCAAGGAAGGGCAUUUGUUAAAGAUACGUCUGCUGGAUUGAUGGCUAUUGCAAAUGGCAGUUGGCUGAGGAAAAAAAAAAAAACCCAAGACACAGCACAACUCUACAGAUAGUGAUGUGUCUCUUGUCUUUACUGUUCCGAAGGUCUGAAAACUCACUGGAACCACUUCAUACACUUAAUCUUGUUUGGUUUGAACUCAACGAGUAGCUUUUUCUUACUUGUUGAAAAUAAUGCUGAUGCUAGAUGAGCAGCUCACUUAUUGAAAGUACCCCAAAAGGCCUAAAAGAAAAACCAUCACGAAUUCUCAAGCCUUUCCUAAGAGAAAUGACAAGCACCCCAAAAGUAGUACCAGUUUCUUAUGGAAGGUAAAGCAAUUUUGCACAAAACUGACUCUUUCAAGAUGAGACUGGAAAUUCAUACGUGAUCUUCUAGUUACUUCUCUGAACCUGACAAUAGACUCUUCUUCAGGAUGGGGGAGCUGAUAUCAUUCUUCAUAGGAAAAAAAAACAAAACUCUACAAUUUGUUUCCAUUUUUGAUUUAUUUUGCUUCAGAUGUUAAAAGGCACAUAUGUUUCAAAUUUACUCUGCUCGACUUUGUUUAUAUGCUUAAAAGGAUUAUUAUUUCUGCUUAAUUAACACUUUUUUUCUACAACGCUGUUCUCCGAAUAUCUUUCUAUAGUAAGGAAUAAAGGAAAUUCCAACUUGACCAUGAAAUUCUUGUCUAUACUAGACAUUUGUUGACAACUGUUGACUGACUUGGUCUUCACAUAUGAGAAUGACCUAUUUUCAUAUACAAUUCUCUGUACCCUCCUGGGUAUUCCAAGUGAUGACAGUUUAACUAAGCAUUUCUUCAUUUGAGGGAUAGCAUUUUAAAGUGAUGGAUAAUGUCUCAUCUAAUUCAGAAGCUAGGAUUGACCAAAUUGCCAGACGAGUGUGUAGACUAAGGAAGUUUGGGUUUAACCCAAAAGACACAAUUUCAGCACACAUAAGAAAGCUAGCUGCUAUUUUAUGCUUUCUUCAAUGGUUCUCCUCUUUUCCCCUUUUUUCCCCAACAGUUUUUCCAUGAUGUACAAUGUCCCAUCCUUGCAUUUGAAAAAUCGUAUGGUGUUCACACUUGUUCUUUUCGUAGAUGGGUUUUUGUGUGCAGAUGCAGUAAGAAUUCAUUGUUGAUUCUAAUGGUGUUCUCAGACCCCCUCCUUCCCCUUGGGUAAUGUGAUCAGACACCUCCUAAAAUGACACAGUAACACAUCUGGUAUUUAGAACAUAUAGAACAUAAAGGCCAUUUUUCCUUAAUUUUUAUAAAAAUUACCUUUGACUUUGGAGAAGGCAGGUUUUGACCCAUGUGACGGACUAGCUGACCUGAUUGCUGUAAUUUAACAUCAUUUAUAAAUUCUGCUGAUGGACAAGAAUGUACAAACGCAAUUAUUGUCAGCACAAAGCCUUAAAACCUGCUGACUUUAAAUUAAAUGGUGCAGUCCUAUGAUGCCCGGCACCAAUCAGGAGACUAGCAGGCCCUCGCAGUGUGGACAGUGUGCAGUGGCCUGGGCUGGGCACCAGCAGCUUCACUCUGCACCAUGGCCAGACACAUCUCCCAGCUCCCACUCUCCUUCACAAUGCACAGGGUCAUUAGAUUCAAUUGGUUGCUUUUCUGGCUUGCUUUAAAAAAAAAAAAGUUUGGGUAAUCAUUAUGUUGGAAUUAAGGUGGGGGGGGAAUCCAAUCAGCACCAAGUAAGGAAGCAAUCUCAACUUGCAGUCACACUCUUGAUUUGCUGUGUUUGAGAGGAUGGCUUUCAUCGCGCUAGUCAGGGUGCCCCUGGGUCCUUGCUGUUCUGUGUAAUUUAUAUCAACAUCGUGUUGCCUUUGCAAAGUAAAAGGCAAAGCUGUAGUGUAUUCACCUUUGUAGACAGAUCACUAGGUAUCUCUUUGAUCUGGGGCAAGUUCAAUAUUGAUUCCAGACUUAGUUGGAUUUUUAGUCUGAUUUUCUCCUGCCUUUCUCAUUUAAAUAGACAAAUUAAGCAAAAAGUACGUGUUCACCACCAAAUGGGGAUGCAUUUAUCUACAGGCACUAUCCUCUCACUGUUCACUGAGGCAUAGAAAUAAUUUCUGAGUAGAAAUUGCAGCAUGAGGGUAAGCUCACCUCUUUGUUCUGAAAAUAGGACUCGAUCACUUUGCUUUUAGAUGAUUUUUUCCCCUUUUACAAUCAUAAAAUCUCGUGCCUCCCAGUGCAUUGGAAACGGCAAAAGCCUGUCUCUCAAAACUAUUCGACAGGGUUUUUAUUUUUUAUUUUUUACUUUUUGGUUGUUGUUUUGUUUUUAAUUACCAUCUUUCAAAUCUUAGCUCGACUCUCACCAAGUGAAAAUUGGCUAUUUGGAGAAAGUUAACUUUCUGUGGUGGGAGAGUGAAGAAUGAGGGGCAGUUUGCAUAUGAAAAAAACAAGUCUAAAGUCCAUGUUGAAAUAUCUCACAACCCCUUAUUUUCAGCUAACCCUAAAUUAUUUUUUGCGUAUACACUUGAGGUUAUAGUCUGUGCCUAGACCUAAAAUGCACCAGCGGGGGGGAUUUUUAAAAAAUCCUUCAAAAUACCAGUUUCUUUCCCACAAGUACAAUUGUUCUUGUGCCUUCUGUGGCUUUCGAAUUCAUCCUUUUGACUUUAUUUCCAAUUACUACAGCUGCAAUAAACACUAGAUUUUUUUUUCCUGGCUGUUUGACAUAACGUUGAUAGCUAUGCAUAUUUUGUGUCUUUUUAAAACAAAGCGGGAGAAUACGUUUUUGAAGAAGAGAAUUUUUAGCACAGUUUGAUACCGCAAAUUAUUUUUUCCUCAAUUGUUUGAGCAGCAUUCGAGUUUUGAAAAUUCUUGUAGAAGCCAAUUUUUUGUAACUGUGGUGCAAAUCUUGUGUUUUCUUAGCCUAAUGAAAAGUAGUAUAGAAGCAAUAUUUCAUACCAUGUGCUAUAUAUGUGUGUGCAGAUGUGAGAACAUAAAAACACACACAUAUACACACAUGUAAAAAUAUACAUAUAUAUAUACACGCGUGUGAAGUGGAAAGCUUACCUUUUCCUAUCUAGAUUUAAGAACCUAUUUUAGACAUUUGUUAUGUUUUGUGAAAAGAAUGUUCUAUUUGCAACAAAACAUUUAAUUCUUACUGUAUCUCUGGCUGUUUAAUGAGGAUGUUUCACAUUAAAUGGUAAAACACGUGGAAGAUGUUAGAAUGUAGUAAUUAUUUAAGUAAACGUUCACCCACAUAUUCCUGAAGUUUGCUUUGUGCCUCCGAGUAUUAUUUAAUUAAAGUGUUUUAUGUUUGCAGAAUCUUUGUUACUGUACUAGGGAUGUGGGUGAAUAUCAUUAAAAAAAAAUUCCAAAACAACAGAAAAAAAAAAAGCAAAACAGAAACACUAAAGUAAAAGGGGAACUUUUAUAAAGCAAUGUAAAUAUUUAACCUCAUGGCUGUUGUUACAUAAGACAUGAGAUUUUAAUAAAUAACUACAUUCUCAGAACAUCUGUUGAAUUUAUUAGGAACACUACAGUGACUGUAUAGACAGUUGAAAGCAUUCUUGAAAAUCCUGCUCUCUACUUUUAAAAGAUAACAGUCUCUUUCAUCAUAUGUCAAGGGCAAGGGUAAUGCGGUUUCUGUAAAUUUAUGAAAUUUCUUUUCUAUGUACAUGCAGACAGUAAGUACCCCCCUAUACACCCACACACAGUCAUACCCACCCCGUACAGGUUAUUAUUAAGUCAUACAGCUAAAGUUUUGGGGGCAUUAAAAAUAGCAUGUCACCCAGAAACAAUCAUAAAUUCAUGAAUGAAAAAGUGGUUUACAGACUCCCCUGGAAGAAGCAGUGUAUAUGUGAAGACAGUGCAAAAUCUCUUUGCCAUGUAUAUUAUAGCGUAUUCAUUGGUGUGCAUAGUACAAAUGUUUCCUUCUGGUACAAACUCUGUGUUUGCAAAUUACAAGAAGCAUUGUUUUCAAAAAGCUCCCCUUAAAAACUGUAACUGGUUUAUAUGAAUAAGCAGUUACUGUAUUGCACUUAAAAGUUAUGUUGAAGGAAAUGCAGUUUUGUUCUCUGUAGAUCUGUUGGUUGUAAACCACCUAUAAAACUAAAGCUAAGAUGCUCAUAUUCAGAGCUGGGAUCAAAACUGGUAUUUAACCUUUGCAUCUUCUUACAAUUAUCCUUCUAAGAAUAUAACAGAAUCUGGAAGCACCUGGCCUUUGAGACUUUUCAACUGAGCCCUCUCUCAAAUCCAAUGUCCCCCAAAAUCCACAGAAACAGAGAAGGCACACAAGUUGGCCUUCUUUUGUGAAAAUGCAUUCGUUCUGUAUUUUUUAAAUAUCUCUUUCCUCCACGUGGGGGGAUAAAGCAUUUUAAAAUUGCACAUUAACAUUCAAAUUAGAACUAGAGGAAAAUGUAUUUGGGGUUGGUCUCAGCACUAUCCAGAAGUAUCAAAGGUCCUGGCUUCCCUCAAUACUGUCCCAGCCAUUUUUCACUGUAUAUAGUAUAAACCGUGACAAAACACUGCCUUUAUAUUAUUUAGCAAUAUGUUGUAAAUAGCAUUAUUAAGCUCUUUUUUUUUGUAAUAAAGACCCUUUGAUUUGAAUAUAGGACAAUAACUGAACUGAUAAAGUCAAUUUUUGAUUUUUUUUUUUUAGCUAGAGGCAAUUUCAAUUGUGGAUUUUUGUUGUUGUCUAUUGUUCUGAAGACUUUGCAUAAUUUAUUGGUUUAAUUUAUCCUAAUUUAUUUGAUGAAGGUGUACAAUUUUGUAUUACCAAGGAUGUACUGUAAUAUUAAUCGAUAUGAUAAACACAAUGCGACUCCCUGUCCAUAUUGAAAAGGAAAUAAAAAAAGGUGCAGUAGACAAUUGAUUUUAAAGUAAAAGUAAAAAAUUUAGUUUGGCAGCUACUAAAUUUUAAAAGAGGAAAAAACAAGUUGUGGGGAGGGUGGGAAAGGGGUUUUACUUUGUGUGUUUUAAGCUUUUGUAUACUCUCCAAACUUUUACCUUUUGCUUUGUACCACUUAAAGGAUACAGUAGUCCAAUUGCCUUGUGUGCCUUCCAUCUCCUCUUAAACUGAAUGUAUGUGCAGUAUAUAUGCAAGCUUGUGCAAAAUAAAAUAUACAUUACAAGCUCA